AGUACGUCAACAUGCAAUUAUCUGAAUCCAUCACUCUACACCACUGAAGUCUCAGCCAACAUCAUGGCAGCAUUAGGACUCCUCUGGCUUGUGAUCGCCACAGCCUCCAUCCUUGUCAAAUGUGAGGACGCAAAAUCUGAAGACAAAAACAUCUACCCAGCAAAGAUCUUUGGACCGUCUAAUGUGACUGAAGGGGUAAAUGUCCAUUUUAAAUGUAGCAUUACUGGCAUCAGAGGACCUGAGGACAAGGUAAAUGUUUACCUUUGCAAGAAUGGAGUUGGGAUAAGAAUUGCGAAGCUGGAGAAAGGUGAAAAUGACGCUAUUUUCACCAUGAAGGAUGUUACAAGAGAAGACUCAGGCAACUACAGCUGUGUUUACACCAGAGAUAAACCUGUACCCAGUCACUUGAAGUCAACAGGGGAGAAUUUAAUAGUCUUUCAUGUCGAUGGAGAAUGGAAAGGACUGGCAGCAGCCUUGGUCCUCCUGUUUCUGACUCUGUCUUUACUGCUGUUACUGUGGAGGUGCUGGGGGAUCCUGAAACCAAUGAUAGGCAUUGACCAUCAACCAAGUGAGACUCAGGAUACGGAUCAAACAUACAGUCUAAUCUCAGUUGUACCAGUCGCAGCUGGUGUAAUCUCUCCAACUGAUCCUACAGGAAAUGAGGCACUGCACAGUGUAAUAACUAGAGUGAAAACACCAGAACAGCAGGGUGAAACUGCCAUAUAUGCCAAAGUGACCAAAACAAAGAAGGAGAAAGAAAACCAGGACCCUGUAUACAGUCUGCUGAACAGAGAGGACACCAUGAUACUGUAGAAGUGCAAUACUGUUGUGCUAUAUAGUAGUGCUAUACAGUAGGGCUAUUGUCAUGCCCUGACCUUGGAUAUCUCUGUUUUCUUGAUAUUUUGGUUAGAUCAGGGUGUGACUAGGGUGGGUACGCUAGUUUUUGUAUUGUCUAGGGUUUUUGUAUGUCUAGGGUUGUUGUAGGUCUAGGGGUUUUUGUAUCUCUAAGUUGGCCUGAUAUGGUUCUCAAUCAGAGACAGCUGUUUAUCGUUGUCUCUGAUUGGGGAUCAGCCAUUUUCCCUUUGUGUUUCGUGGGAUCUUGUCAAUGUGUAGUUGCCUGUCAGCACUCGUUUGUAUAACUUCACGUUUCGUUUUGUUAUUUUGUUAGUUUGUUCAGUGUUCAUUCUUUAAAUAAAUAAGAAUGUACACAUACCACGCUGCGCCUUGGUCCGAUCCUUAUAAUGAACGUGACAGCUAUAUAGUAGUGCUAUACAGUAGGUCUAUACAGUAGUGCUAUACAGUAGGUCUAUACAGUAGUGCUAUACAGUAGGUCUAUACAGUAGUGCUAUAC